AUGUGGAAGCUGGACACGGACGCCCCUGAGUUGCUGGGGAUCGCCACCUCCUUGCCGGAGCUUCUGCUAGUCCUGGAGCAGCUGAUCGGACUCGACACGGAGUGGCAGGAAGAGCUGCAGAUCACGGACAUGGUGGCCUUCCUGAUGUUUGAAGGCCUCGCGCUCUUUCUGGGAGUGCUCCUGGUGCCAAUGCUGUUCACUCACGUCCCAUUGGCCUGCGGCAACAUGACAGCCAUUGAGGGCAACUACAGCAACAUGGAGAACCCGUAUAAUCUGGGCUUCUCGGCCAGCCAAAAGGUGAGUUUUGCCGCCCAAGAGCGAGGCUGA